AUGUCCAACCGGGAGAAAACCACGUGGGAAAGGCUCCCGGCUGACUUGAAGUGGUUCACCAAGAAAGGUUCAACGAGGUUGAACGUCCAGUCGGCAGGAAACCCAGUGGGAAAAACUGCGGAUCUGGAUGGGGAUGAGAGAGACCUUGACAGACGUCGAUUGAACCGGUCCCACACGAUGCCAACUCCAGCUGGAGUGAAGACCACAGGCGCCGCAGUCUCCACCCAGUACGUCAAACCAGGUAUUAAGAAUGCGGAUGCUCGGUGUUCGAAGAGAGACCCGGGCCCUGGUCUCUCUCUAAACACCGGCGAAGAUGAGAGAGGGUGA